AUGGAACGAGGAGGAGGUGACAUUGGGGAUCCAGAGAAUGAGCAGUUUGAAGAGGCACAGGAAGAGGCGGAGCAGGCUCGACAGUUACCAGCAGAUCUCCCACGAUCUCUCGACGACCGGCAGAACUUCCGCAGUUACAAUGAGGAGACGGAGUAUUAUGAUGCAUGGCAGGGACAGUCACAAUUCCUCUCAGCACCAACCAUCGCCAAGCCCAUGAACUUCAACCUCGCUCUUCACGAGCCCGACGAUGAAGAUGCAUUUGGCCGAGACUUUGGCAACGACGAUGCGAGGGUCACUCAGAUGUUUGCAACUCAGGCUCGGAAGGGCGACGGAGACACAGGCGAGACGGAAGAAGACGAUGUUCUGGGCGAUGAGAACUUGUCGCGGGACCAGAAGAAGCAGUCUCUCCAGGAUUUCUUAUUCAUGGCUGCUAGCAACGGAGAUGCGCAGAGAGUGAACAGGUUGACGAGGGGGCAGGCUUCUACUAUCGUCGAUUUGGAUACCGUAGAUGCAGAAGGGACACCACCCCUGGUCUACGCCAGCUGUUUCGGCCAUAGAGAGGUGGUCCUGGCGUUGCUGAACGCCGGUGCUACAGUCGACAACCAAGACCGGAAUCAAUGGACGGCGCUGAUGUGGGCGAUGACGAACCGACACAAGGACAUUGCCAAACUGCUGUUGGACCACGGAGCGAGUACAGAUGUCAAGUCAUCAAGCGGUAGGACCGCACUGGACUUCGUGCCUCCCAACAGCGAGAUGUCCGACUUUCUGCAACACAGUGGCUACAGUAUUGGAAAUGCUGGUGUGACGGAGGACUUCUACAGCGCUGGCUUUUCGCAAGACAGGUUUGAGGAGGAGCUGGCAGAGAGCGAAAUGAGGCGGCGCAUGAUGAUGGAGAGCGCAAUCAACCUUGAAGUCGAUCUUGGCAAUCUUGGACUGGACGAACAACCUGACUCGCCUGAGGAUUCAGAGGGCCAGGAUUUCGUUUGGGAUCGAUGCUUGAACGAUCAGAUGUUCGUAUUCAUGGAGAGCGAUAUCGAGCGAAUACUGGAUGUGGUCGUAACGAACAUGACGCCUCAACGAUCGGCGACGCAAAAGCCUGUCCCAGCCAACAUCAUCUUCCUCGGUGCUCGAUACGCGCAUUACCACGCGAAUCACGAACUGCUGGCCGACUGGCUGGUAUCUGCGCAGGAGAAGAUUUAUGCGGUGGUCGAUAGACAUCAGUGGGACAUGACAAUAUUGGCGUUUUGGAUCUCCAACGCCACGCUGCUGCUCUACUAUUUGAAGAAAGACAGUGGUUUGGGGCAGCAGACAUCACAGUUCCAAGCCCAGAUGGCAGAGCUGAUUCACGAGAUCUAUAUCCUUGUCAUCCGAGACGCCGAGAGACGUAUGGACAAAGUCUUGGACUCGGCUAUGCUCGACCACGAGACGAUUCCUGGAUUCGAGGACAUCGCUUUCCAGAACGAAUGGAAGUUUCUUCGGAAGAAGUCGCAUGUCAAGCCUGAGCCAGCUGAGAAGCGAUUUCGACCGCCCUCGCCGAAGCGGAAAGCGCAGAUAUCGCCACGAAAUAUCACAUCUCUUCUCUCUUCGACUCUUUUUGUGCUCGAUCUCUACGACGUGCAUUCUGUUAUCGCGACGCAAAUCCUCUCGCAACUCUACUACUGGCUUGGCGCAGAAGUCUUCAACCGGAUAAUGUCCAACAAGCGAUACCUGGCCCGAACGAAAGCGAUGCAGAUUCGCAUGAACAUUUCCAUGCUCGAAGACUGGGCGCGCAGCAACAACCGGCAGCCUGAGCACUAUGAGAAUGGACAGAUGACCGCGACUGGCGAGGCGACAGUGGACGCUGCUCGGCGACACCUCGCGCCGGUCGUCCAACUGCUGCAGUGGCUGCAAUGCUUCUCUUCGCUGGGGGAGGACAGAGAAGCUAUGGACACGACUCUGCAGCAACUGCCUACACUUUCUACCACCCAGCUACUGCACGCCGUCAAGCACUACCGGGCAGAGGUGGGAGAGAAGACGCUCGGCAAGGCCUCACUGAGAUACAUUCAAGAAGUCAAGAGCAGACCCAAAAAGCCACUGGCUCCUCCAGUUGAGGGAACAGCAUCUGCUGACCGUCCCGUGACACCCGCCAAUGGCAAGAAUCCGGACGAAACGAAUGGCAAAGGCACGCCACAACCACCCAUGACACCUUCGGGAGAAGACGACAACGACAUGCCAGAUUCCAACCUCCUCAAUCCCGCCCUCCUACUUCCCUUCCACCUCCCAACAUCAACAGACAUGCUCAUCAGCUACGGCGCCGGCUUCGGCGGGAUGAACAAGGAGCGAGAACGACGAUACUUCCCUUCCGUGCCUCCAGAAUUUCUGGCAAAACUCGAUCCAGGCGGGAAGCAGAAUCACAGCAAUCUGUACGAAGGAGCACAGUUCAGCGAUAGCUCAUGA